AUGGUUGCUUUAAGACUUUUAAUAUCAGGCGCACUUUUAAGUGUCGCCUCGGCAGCAUAUAACAAUGAUACCACUGCCUCGGACAUUUCAUCAUCAUUGAACAGCAAUAAUUCGGCCUUGAAUCCUCUGCCAGCCGCUUCCAAUUCCUCUUCGACAGUGCUUAUUACGUCAGAACCAUCCAGUAUCCCCUCUUUAACCGCUAACAACUCUUUGACGGCUACUGGCUAUUUGAACUCAACUGCUACUUCAACUAGCACUACUACCCCAACAGCUGCAUUUGAAAACAUCAAGGUUUACGACACUCUAUCUGACUCCCAAACUUCUACUGAUCCAAACCACUGGUUCGUCAUUAUCGCUGAACUAUCGGUCUCCCAAGGUUUCUCCGGUGAUUUGUACCUAACCGUUCCAGAACAAUUUGGUAAUUUCCCAGAAGGUACUUUCGAUGUUCUAGCAGACAAAACACCAAUUGGUACUGUAUCCUAUAAUGACUCCAAGAUCUUCACUGUAAGCUUUGACAAUGUUGAUGCUGAUUACGAUGGUUCUUUCAACUUCUUGGCACAACUUGAAGAUAAGCCAUCCAGUCCAACUACCGUUGCAUACACUUUUGACGUCUCUUCGGGACCAUCCUUCGUCUCUUCCGUUACUUACGCUCCAAAAAGUACUACCUUGUCAACUGUGAGCACCGGUGUUGACUCUACUGGCCGUCCAUACUUUGCUUUGGAUAUCCCAUACACUGAAUACCCCGGUGAUUUGGAAUUUUUGUCUUAUGCCGAAGAUAACUACUUAUUCGAUGACCACUAUUUCCAAAUCGUUCUUGAAACUGAUAGCUUCAAUAACCCAAUUCGCGUAUCAAACAUUACCGCUGGUACAGACAACUCUGAUGACUCCACCAUUUCUUACUCCUUCAACUCUAACGUCUCUGGUGGUCAAGCAUUCCGUAUUAUCUACUACUUGUCUGUCGACAAUUCUACUACUGCCGUUAAGAACAGUGCACAAUUGCGUUACCCAACUUUGUCCUUCUACAAGAGAGACAUCUCUAUUAUCUUCGACACAAUUGACUAUUUGAAGCCAGUUGCAAACAUCGACAUCUCAUCUGGUAACACAAUUAGCGUUCUAACAAACAGCCAAAGCAGCAGCAUCAACUCUACAAACACAACUACAAGCAGUGUCGCCCCAGUAACGAGUAGCAUUACUUCCUUGUAUCCAAAUGUUACUUCAACUGCUGCACCAUACAACAAUGGAUCUUUAACAUUUACUGUUAUUACCAGAACCGACGACGGUGUAGUAUCUGAGCUAACUGAAUUAGUGCCUGUCUCUACACAAGCAACUACCAACAGCUCAUCCACCGCCUUUGACAUAACUGCAACUGAUGAUUUAACCGCCGCCACUGAAGCAUUAACUUCCGCUCCACCAAGUUCUACUAUUCAAACUAGUGUAAGAACAGGUUUGAAGACUAGAACAUUGUCUGGUGAAGAAACCGAAAUUGGUUCCCUCGUUCCAGUGGGUACAUUGGAUAUUUCCCAGGAGGAUAUUGCUAAGAAGACUGAGGCUUACGAAAGUACUGCUACCAGUCCAGAAGAGGUUUCUACCUUCUUGGGAUUAUUGGGCGCAUCUACUUCUACCGGAAAACCUCGUUCUAUCGCAACUCAAUACUCAGGUUAUGCAAACCGUAUUCAACAACAAGGACUUGGAAGUCUAGCAGUUGCUCUUUUAGCACUCCUGUUGUGA